CUGCGUGACCGUGACAGAAGAGAAUUUACUAAAAAAUCGUGGAAAAAUAAACUUUAUUGAUAAGAAGUUCUUCGAAAUUCAUAUCCUAUUUACCUUUUAUUAUUUUAAAAUGGAAACUUUAUAUCAUCAAACAAAUCAACUAGUACAAGAAGCUUCAGACUUGUUCCUCAAGCUAGAGAAAGAUCCAGCAAACAAUGAUAAAAUAGAAGAUGAUAUUCAGUCAAAAAUUAAUGCAAUUACCGCGAAUUGCGAGAAAUUAGACAUAUUUGUAUUUAAGACUCCCAUUAAUCAAAGACCAAUGGCUAAGAUGAGAGUGGACCAAUUGAAAUACGACAAUAAACAUAUACAGGCCUCUCUAACAAAUGCUCAAAACAAAAGGCAAAGAAGGGAGCAAGAGCGGGCAGAUAGAGAGCAACUUUUGAGUCGACGGUUUGGCCAUGAUCACACUGCUAUAACAGUGGAUUACCUAGCGCAGGAACAAAACUCCUUAGUAAAUUCACAUAGAAAUGUUGACGAAAUGUUGCACACAGGAUCGAACAUUCUUGAGACGUUGCGCUACAACCGGGAAACGUUGAAAGGAGCCCAUAGGAAGCUGAUUGACCUGGCAAACACCCUGGGUUUGUCCAAUGCAACUAUAUCACUGAUCGAGCGGAGGGUGUCGCAAGAUAAAUAUGUUCUUAUAGGCGGUAUGUUCGUUACUCUGGCUGUGAUAGUCCUUGUAAUUAUAUAUCUCACGUAGUUUUUGUAGUUAUAGUCUUUUCAGCCAUUAUACAUUGGGCCGAAGUGCUGUGCCAUCAUGCUGGGCCAACAUGUACCUUCGCCGUGACGGUUUUUCGUACCACAUGAAAAGAGAUUGGCGCGCUCUGCAACCAUUUUUUGAUCAAUUCUCCGAUGUAUAUUUUGUCCAACGCGAUGGCCUAGCACUUUCACCUUACAGUACAGUAGACGAUUAAUUAGAUUUAAUUAGAUCGAAGCUGGUAUUUAUGACGUACUCUUUAGUCAAUUGCACCUAGUAGGUAUACACCAACCCGCGUGGUUCAGAUGGUGGCGUGGUCAAACAAUGUGUUCUUUAGACCACUAAAGAACACAUUGUUUGAAUUCGUCAACUGCUUGUCUCUGAAGAAAACGUAUGUUUCAGUUUAAUUAACAAAACUAAGGAACUUCUUUCUUCUGUUCUGUGGUUUGAAUAGAGCGCGCAUUGGGCCUCAAUACCUGGAAUGAAAAAAAUUAAUUUUGUAUUGAGGGGAAAAUGAUAAUUAUUCACGCUGGUCCAGUUGACUAAAGUAGGUACCAAACCAAGCUUUCGAUCUCAGGUUACGCUUCUUUAAGUUAUAAAAAUGACUUACUACUUAUUGCUAACCUUGUAUAAAAUUUUAUGGAAUUGUCUUUUACAACUAUUCCGGACAAAGUCAUCGAACUAUGUUAUUAUAUAUACAUGAUUCGGGAUUUGUUCAAUUUAAAAAAUCAGCGUCUGUUAAGAUUUUCGUAAUCACAAUAACAUUUGUAAUUAGUUCUAAGGUCGAAGAAUGAAUGCAGUCA